CCUGAGAAGAAGGAGAAUACCACAACAUCCUGUGAGUGGUGUGGGAAGCUGAGCCUUGGGGAUACUGAGAAUGAACUUCAGGGACGGAGAAUGAAUUGAAGUUCCAUGUCUCAUCAUAGAUGAGCAGCAAAACGGAGGAAAAACCUAAAUUUACUGUCUCCCUAAAGCCUGGGUGGUUCUAUCUGCAAAGUUUGGGAUCCAGGGACUCCCUCCAACAGAGACCUAUCAAACGGUCUGUGAUGAUGGAAGAAGAGGUCCAUCAUCGAGAAGCUUGAACGGUGAUACCAGGACAGCUCUUUGAAGCACUGGCAAUACGAGCCUGAGAUACACGAGACAGCAAACAUGCUGAAGCCAAGUGGACUUAAAAUCCCUGGCAGGGCUGGGAAGCACUCCAGCCUGGUGGGACGGGCAUCAGGGACCACUGCAGCUGCGGUCACCACUGGUUCAAAAGAAGGCUCACCUUUACACAAGCAGGGUACCACCUCCACCGCCAGCACCGAGAAGUCGGGUUCAAAGGUUGCCGAGGUGGGCGAUGAUUUCCUGGGAGACUUUGUGGUGGGCGAACGUGUCUGGGUAAAUGGAGUGAAGCCAGGUGUCAUCCAGUAUCUUGGGGAGACUCAAUUUGCUCCGGGCCAGUGGGCAGGGGUCGUUCUGGAUGACCCAGUGGGCAAGAACGAUGGCUCUGUUGGUGGAGUACGUUACUUUGAAUGCCAACCGAUGCAGGGGAUUUUGACGCGACCAUCCAAGCUGACGAGGCAGCCCGUGGCCGAGGGCUCGGGAAGUGACGCACCCUCCGUGGACUCCUUGACAGCUCAGAACUUAUCACUACACUCGGGGACGGCCACGCCACCUCUCUCCAGUCGCGUUAUUCCCCUGCGGGAGAGCGUCCUGAACAGCACCAUGAAGACGGGCAACGAGUCUGGAUCUAACCUGUCGGACAGUGGGUCUGUGAAAAAAGGGGAGAAGGACUUACGGCUUGGAGACCGUGUGCUGGUUGGUGGGACAAAGACAGGAGUUGUGCGCUACGUAGGAGAGACGGAUUUUGCCAAAGGAGAGUGGUGUGGCGUGGAGCUGGAUGAGCCGCUGGGGAAGAACGACGGGGCGGUCGCUGGUACAAGGUAUUUUCAGUGCCCUCCCAAGUUUGGCCUCUUUGCUCCCAUCCACAAGGUGAUCCGAAUCGGGUUCCCGUCAACCAGCCCUGCCAAGGCGAAGAAGAGCAAGCGAAUGGCCAUGGGAGUGUCUGCCUUAACCCACAGCCCCAGCAGCUCCUCCAUCAGCUCUGUCAGCUCUGUGGCAUCAUCUGUUGGGGGCAGGCCCAGCCGCAGCGGGCUGCUGACAGAGACCUCUUCUCGUUAUGCCCGAAAAAUCUCUGGCACCACAGCUCUCCAGGAGGCACUGAAGGAGAAGCAGCAGCACAUCGAACAGUUACUGGCAGAGCGGGACCUGGAGCGGGCUGAGGUGGCCAAAGCCACCAGCCACAUCUGUGAGGUGGAGAAAGAGAUUGCCAUCAUGAAGGCCCAGCACGAGCAGUACGUUACAGAGGCAGAGGGAAACCUCCAGCGGGCACGAGCCCUGGUGGAUGGGAUGCAGAAGGAGAAGAUUGAGCUGUUGAACCAGCUGGAAGAGGAAAAGAGGAAAGUGGAAGACUUGCAGUUCCUUGUGGAGGAGGAAUCCAUCACAAAGGGGGACCUGGAGACUCAGACGCAGUUGGAGCAUGCCCGCAUACGGGAGCUCGAGCAGAGCCUGCUGUUUGAGAAGGCACAGGCUGAAAAACUCCUCAGAGAAUUAGAGGACGCCAGGUUAACCACGGUAGCUGAGAAGUCCAGAAUCCUGCAGCUGGAGGAGGAGCUGAGCCUCACGCGCAGCGAGGUGGAUGAGCUUCGGCAGUGCCUCAGGAGCUCCCACCAAGCAGAGACCCCUGAGCAUAGCCUCGGCUUACAGUCGGAGGCUCUUCGUCUACGAGAUCAACUGCUGUCUGCCAACAAGGAGCACCAGAAGGAGAGCAGCCAGCUAAAGGAGAAGUAUGAGAAGACGUUAAAGAAGUACCAGCAGGAGAUGGAGAAGCUGAAAGCUGUGAAUGAGAAGUAUUCACAGGAAAUCGUUGACUUAAAGCAUAAAGUUCAGCAAGCCACUAAUGAGAACAUGGGGCUCAUGGACAACUGGAAGUCCAAGUUGGACACGUUAGCAUCUGACCACCAGAAAUCUCUGGAGGACCUCAAAGCCACGUUGAACACAGGCCCUGACAGCCAGCACAAGGAGAUAGUGGAACUGAAGGCAGUGGUGGAGAGUAUAAAGAUGGAGCACCAGCUUGAGUUGGAGAACCUGAAAGCAAAGCAUGACAUUGAGACAGCUGUUCAUAUAAAGGAGAAAGAGAGCCUCAAAUUGAAGUUGCAGGAGGCUGUGGAUGAAGUGGAAAAAUGCAACAGCAGCUGGAAAAUGCAACUGGAAACCAAAAGCAAUCAGCAUCUUCUUGAGCUCCAAGAUGUGAAGGACAAGUGUCGAGAUGCUGAGCUGAGGGUGCACGAACUGGAGAAACUUCAUGGUGAAUAUAAAGACCAGACAGAAGCAAUAGCUUUCUUGAAAGAGCAGAUAUCUUUGGCUGAGAAGAAGAUGUUGGACUAUGAAACAUUGCAGAAAACAGAAGCCCAGAGCAAACAGGAGAUCCACAGAUUGCAGGAAAAAGUGCUUGUCUUAGAGAACAAGCUGCAGUCCAUGGAGGCCCUGCAUCCUUCUCAGCAUGCAAACAUGAUUGAAACUAAUGAUAUUUCAGAAGAGAAGAUAAAGAUGAAGCAGACUAUGGAAGACCUCCAAGACAAGCUGAGUAAAAGAGACAAAGAGGUAUCAUCGCUGGUGUCCCAGACUGAAACUCUAAGGGCCCAAGUAAGUGCUUUGGAAAAUAAGUGCAAAACAGCAGAAAAGAAGGCCGAUACAAUGUUAAAAGAAAAGAAGAGGCUGGAAUGUGAACUGGAAGCCUUGACGAAGAAAACACACGAUGCUUCAGGGCAACUGGUCCUGAUUAGCCAGGAGCUACUCAAGAAGGAAAGGAGCCUGAACGAGCUGAGAGCUUUGUUACUGGAGGCGAACCGGCAUUCGCCUGGGCCAGAGCGGGACCUGAGCCGGGAGGUGCACAAAGCCGAGUGGCGGCUGAAGGAACAGAAGCUCAAAGAUGACAUCAAGGGGCUGCGAGAGAAACUGGUUGUGCUGGACAAAGAAAAAUCAGUAUCGGAUCAGAGGCGAUACUCCCUGAUCGACCCCUCGUCAGAGUCUGAAGUGAUCCGGCUGCAGCACCGGCUUGUCACCACAGAAGACGUGCUGCGCAAUGCACUGGAGCAGGGCCACCAGAUGGAGAAGCUCAUGGAAGCAAUGAGGCUCUCCUCAGAGAAAACACAGACUGUUGGAAAUUCUGGGUCUGCUAACGGGAUUCACCAGCAGGAUAAGUCCCACAAGCAAGAGGAGAAUCUCUGAUAGAGAAGAGGUGAAGAGGAUCAUUUCACACCAGUAUCAGCUCCUGUGCACAGUCAGGAAAAACAAUACCCCAUCUGGCUUUAGCACCUCCAAAAGACUACACAGUAUUUUCACUUUAAAGCAGGACAAUAUUUAUAAUAUACUAACUGAUGUAAUCAGGACAAUCCUGGAGCCCAGUUUUCCAAGACGGCCAUUGUUCCGGGAGGGAGCAGAAAGAUCUCUCUGGGCUUGGUUUUCUUACCUGUAUUGGUUUUAACUGUGGAAUUUGGAUUGCUUGGGCUGCCCUUGUCCCACCAGCUGAUGUAAUCUGGAUAACACCUGCCCGGAAUGGUGGCUGAAGUGGCAACGAGUCCCGGUGACCCCACAGGAGCUGCAAAGGGUUUUGCUUGUGGUGUUCAACUCCAAAGCAUGUGCCCAGAGGCUGCACGCUUCCCAUGUGGUCUGUCCCUUCCCUUUCACCCAGCCUGGUGUCUCCAAGACCCGCUAAAGCAAGUGAAACCUGCCUGGUUGACUGUUGCUGCUGGCACGCGUAGGCUGAGGAAGACAAGGUGUGGAGAAGCGUUUCUCUCCUUGCCUUGUGGAAGACAUCACUGUUCUAGAGCACGGAGGCUGUGCUUAGUACUUGUAUCAUAGCAUGUCAUGGGGAAUAAUCUGAUUUUAGAGGGAUAUUUAUUUCGUUUCUCAUCCAUUGCUGUUUGGAGAAGGAGCUGUGGUGGCUCCAAGUUUGGGGCAGGCACACCUCGCUCAGGUUGUCCUUUCUUCCUGCAGAGAGAUCGCUGAGCAGAACCUCCCAUGCCCUGGGCCACAGCAGGCUGCCCACCCUGGUCCCUGGAAUGGGGAUGUGUUUUAUUGGGUCUUUUUUGAGCAAAAGACUUCACAGAUGCCUGGAUCUCAACAUUGCUGGCCUGAAGGGCUCCACGCUGGCUGCAGUCGGUGGGGACAGAUGCCUUGAGGAGAUUAUUCCUUCCUUCCCUGUUUAACUUAACAGCUGAUUGGGGAUUGCCUGGCCAUCCUGCAGAGCUGUCUUUGGAAAGGAGGAGGCUAAGGUGCUGCUGUGAGCGUUCACACGGUAGUGGUUGUCUGUAUUUGGUGGGUACAGCAGUUCUCUCUGCAUGACCCGAGUACAAGCAUUUGGAUCAGGAAGAAUCCAAGACUGGAGCCAACACAGCUCUUGUGUCCAUACACAGCAAUGCAGGCCCAAGCAAGGGUCUUGUUCCUUCUUCUGAAGGUCUUCCUCUUGUCUCUAACUUUGCACCACAGCUCCCAAGGGAUAUUAGUGUGGAGGAAGGGGAUAAUGUGCUCUUAAAGGUGAGAGAGAGUCCAGUUCAGACUCGCUGCUCGGUACCACAGAGAAGAGUCACAGCAAUAUUUUACCACAUUUGCCCUGGUGCCCAACUCCUCCAGUCUUUGGAAGCUCUUGUGUUAUGAUGGGGCAUCUGUGAAAGACAAGAAAGAAGAGACCAUUGAGAGAGGAGAUCUGAGCCAGGCUGCAGGCAGGUGAACAUCAUAGCAUGUCAGCUUCAUUGCUUUCAGCCCUGAAUUCCUACAAAGUUGUGUUACUUUUUCUUAGUGGGUUACCAGGCUCUUCCUUGAAUAAUGGGCAGCCAGAAGCAACCUGGGAAGGGCUUGGCCUUCCUGGCUGCAACUCUGCUGAGCCGAAGCUACAGUGCAGUGCUGGAUCUUGUCACUUGCUGCAGGGUUGGUGACCUCUCCCUCUGUUGAAAUGGAAGAUGAGAGAAGAAAGUGGCUUCAGAGGUGUAAAGCAGGUCAGAAAACACAGCUUAAUUCUGGCUCAUGGCAUGAGGAAGCCGAGCUUGAGAUCUAGUUGGCUGGAAAUAAUUCAAGUGGAUCCCAUCCUGCCUUGUAGAAGUGUUUAAUCAGCUCUUGCUAAUGACCAGGAAGAUUACUACAUCUCUGACUAGCUCUGGGACUUCCCAAGGGAUCGUAGGGGUCAUCUCCAAAAUCUUUCUGGUUGGUGGAUUUAUCUCCGGAGUGCUUUAGGAGAUCCCAGAGGGAGUGUUCGUUGUUGCAGCCUGUGACGGUGAACACCGCACUGGGAGCUGCUGCUUUUAAGAAUUUAGGGCUGACAUUUCCCAAAGCGCUCCUGUUGGCUGGGUGGUCUCUGAAGUCACCUCUGCGGCUCCUGCUGGCUUGAGUGGAGCUAACACCGAGUGCUUCCUGCAGCGCUGCCUGUCUCCGAGCCCAGAGCUUUCGAGCCUCCUGCAGGUGGGAGAGAGAGCCCUUUCUGGUUUCUAACUUAUUUUCCCUGAUAGGUCUUCUAGUGACUUGUGACCAGCUGCCUUCAUCUACAGAGGAAGGAUACCUGUGUUCCCACCAAAGGCUGACCCUUUGGCUGCACAGGGUGGAAUCCCCCAGGAGAGAUUGUGGGGACCAUGUAUUUGGCUCUCUUUAAGAGAUCCAAAGUUGUCAGGGUGACAGUGGUUCAGGCUGGAGGAGUCUCUGGUUCCCGUCUCCUCCCUGGGACCAUCCCCUGCGGGUGACUCAGACCUGUGACUCUUUCUGGUUGACUCAGAUGAGAACACAGAUGGAGAGAGCAGGUUUAAAUUCAGUGGUGGUCUUCUCUGGCUGUAAAUAGUUGUGCUGGUCCCUAAGGAUCAGCUAGGACCUGAUGGCACUUCUUGGCUUUCUGUGGAUGCUUUGCAUAGUAGAAGGGUGAAGCCAGGUCCCCUGUGUCCCCACCACCCUUGGGAUGCAGGUGUGUGGGAGCUGCUCCUCAGACAGGACCGUGCAGUGUCGACAGGACAUGCUAUCAGAUGCAUCCUAUGUGUUUCAGCUUACUCCUGUAGGAAGUCUCCUGGAAGAGUUUGCCCACCAGCCAUGUCUUCUCUCUCCAAACUGGCACAGGCUUCCUGAGGGCACCCGCCUCUGGCUGCCCCUCUGAGGUUGUAGGGACCAACCUAGGGACAAACUUGGAAAGGACAAGGAGGAGAUUCCCCAGUCCCUCUAUUUAUUUUUAAGUUUAAUUGCUAUUUUUGCCUAUGUGGUGGUGUAUAAAGUACUUGAUGAUAUUUGGUCCUACUGGCUUAGGUUUCGGGGGGAGGUUCUCAAGGGCAGUGAUGCACCCAUCUCCUGUUGUUGGUCAGGGACUGGUUCCUAUUUGUGCCUUCGCUCCCUUUCAGCCUCGCUCUUCCCUUGAUCCCCCCCGAGCUGCUACGAGGGGCUGCCUUCUCCCUGGCCCCUCUCUGGCUCGUGUGUGUCGUGCUGGUUUUGCAGCUGGAGCAUCGAUGCCACAGCACCAGUGCAGGGUGGGGAGCAGGAGGCAGCCGUGCACGUGCUCAGCACCCGGCUGAAGCCCUCAGCACCCCAGGAAGGACCGGUACCCGAGUUGUGAGACCGUCCCCUCCCAGCCAGCCGCGUUACCCCAACAGUUAGUGAUGCUUCGCUGCUGAAGCCCAAGACGUUACCCAACAAAGAAGCUUUGAAGUGGAGACUGCUUCGUGUUUAGUGAAUUCUUCUCUAAGACCAAAGGGAAAAGGGUCAGUCUGGGUUGGUGAUUUCAGCUUUAUCCCUCCUAGAGCAUCCAGAGAGCUGAAGCAAGGGCAGCACCGCGCUGGGGCUGUGCUGAACAACCACGUCCCCAGCCAAGGCUUUCCAGCUCUUGCCCAGCCACCAGCGGCUCCUCCGCCUCACAGUAGAGAUGCAUGAGGGUUUCAUUGAAACACAACAAUACAAAUGACACUGUAAAAUCCUUAACAAAAAAUUCAGUACUCAUUUUUCGGCAGCUUUAGCAGCUCAACACUAUCUUGUAGGGAAUUAUUAACACACUAAGAUCCUAUAGGCCUCAUGUAAGUCACCAGAAUAAAGCCGAUACUAGAUGUAUAAAUGGAUGAUAACCUUUUACCCGUAUGGUAUGUAUUACAAUUUUGUAGCUUAGUCAUUUUUUGGCUAUCAGAUUUUGUUAGUAUGAUAUAAAAAAAGACAAAAAAAAAAAAAAAGGUUUGACUGCUAAUGUCUAUUUUGUUAUUUGAUUCAUUUUAUUCCUUCCCUCUGUUCAAAACCUGUACAAAUCUCAGUCUGUGUAACUACGACAGAAGUGUAUUCCUGUACCAUCCACCCCUGUCCUGGCUUGCUGGUGUGGUGAGCUCGUUACUAAACAAUAAAAUCUGUGGCUGAAGUUGGGCCCCUGGG